GCUCUUCCUCCUCCUCGCAGCAGCCUCACUCGCCGGCCCUCUACUACUCCAGCUCGACGUUGCCGGCGCAGAGAGUGAGCUCGCCCCUGUCCAUGCAGCAGGUGGGUUCGCCUACCAAGCUCCAGCGGGCGGGCUCCGCCUCCGAGGGCGGCGGCGGCGGCUGCUACGCCACCACGCAGCGGGUUUCCUCGCCCAAGCAGUCGCCCAGCCGGCUGGCCAAGUCGUACAGCACCAGCUCGCCCAUCAACAUCGUCGUCUCCUCCUCGGCGGGGCUCUCGCCUUCCCCGAUCCGGGUCACCUCCCCGCCCACCAUCCAGCCCAACACCUCCUCUCCCAUCCAUCAGCUGAGCUCCACCAUCGGCACCUACGCCACGCUCUCGCCCACCAAGAGGUUGGUCCACCCUUCCGAGCAGUACAGCAAACACUCCCAGGAACUCUACGCCACGGCCACUUUGCAGAGACCCGGGAGCCUCGCAGCUGGAUCCCGGGCUUCAUACACAAGUCAGCAUAGCCAUCUGGGCUCGGAACUAAGGGCGCUACAAUCUCCGGAGCAUCACAUAGAUCCUAUUUAUGAGGACAGAGUGUAUCAGAAGCCGCCUAUGAGGAGUCUCAGCCAGAGUCAGGGAGACCCUCUUCAACCAGCACAUACAGGAACAUAUCGCACUAGCACAGCCCCAUCUUCCCCUGGUGUCGACUCCGUACCCUUACAGCGCACAGGCAGUCAACACGCCACCCAGAACGCAUCAGCGACCUUCCAGAGGGCCAGCUAUGCUGCGGGCCCUGCCUCCAAUUAUGCAGAUCCCUACCGACAGCUGCAGUAUUGUCCUUCUGUUGAAUCACCAUACAGCAAAUCUGGACCAGCCAUCCCACCUGAGGGAACCUUGGCUAGGUCACCUUCUAUUGAUAGCAUUCAGAAAGAUCCCAGAGAGUUUGGAUGGCGAGAUCCGGAACUUCCAGAAGUUAUUCAGAUGUUACAACAUCAAUUUCCCUCCGUACAAUCUAACGCUGCUGCUUAUUUACAGCAUUUAUGCUUUGGCGACAAUAAGAUAAAAGCUGAGAUAAGAAGACAAGGAGGGAUACAAUUACUGGUGGCAUUGGACCAUCGGAUGACAGAAGUCCACCGUAGUGCCUGUGGAGCUCUGAGGACUUGGUAUAUGGGAAAGCUAACGAUACACAAAAUUGCUUUGAAAAACUGUGGGGGUAUUCCAGCACUUGUACGGUUACUCCGAAAGACUACAGAUUUGGAAAUCAGAGAACUGGUCACAGGAGUUCUCUGGAAUUUAUCUUCAUGUGAUGCACUGAAAAUGCCAAUUAUCCAGGAUGCUCUAGCAGUAUUGACCAAUGCAGUGAUCAUUCCUCAUUCCGGAUGGGAAAAUUCCCCCCUUCAGGAUGACCACAAAAUUCAACUUCAUUCAUCACAGGUGCUGCGCAAUGCCACUGGGUGCCUACGGAAUGUCAGCUCCGCUGGAGAAGAAGCUCGGAGAAGAAUGAGAGAAUGUGACGGACUAACUGAUGCAUUGCUUUAUGUGAUUCAGUCUGCUCUAGGAAGCAGUGAAAUUGAUAGCAAGACCGUUGAAAACUGUGUGUGCAUUUUAAGGAACCUUUCAUACAGACUCGCUGCAGAAACAUCUCAGGGACAGCAAAUGGGGACUGAUGAACUUGAUGGUUUACUUUGUGGUGAUGCCAAUGGGAAAGAUGCUGAAAGUUCUGGAUGCUGGGGCAAGAAAAAAAAGAAAAAGAAAUCUCAAGAUCAGUGGGAUGGAGUUGGUCCUCUCCCUGACUGUGCAGAACCACCAAAAGGAAUCCAGAUGCUAUGGCAUCCAUCCAUAGUCAAACCCUACCUCACACUCCUCUCUGAGUGCUCAAAUCCAGAUACACUGGAAGGGGCAGCUGGUGCACUACAGAAUUUGGCUGCAGGUAGCUGGAAGUGGUCAGUAUAUAUCCGUGCUGCAGUACGGAAAGAAAAAGGCCUGCCUAUACUAGUAGAACUUCUUCGAAUAGACAAUGAUCGGGUGUGUGCGGUUGCAACAGCUUUACGGAAUAUGGCCUUAGAUGUCCGAAAUAAAGAACUAAUAGGCAAGUAUGCCAUGCGGGACCUGGUUCACCGGCUUCCAGGAGGUAACAACAGUAACAGUUCAGCACAAAACAUGUCUGAUGAUACCGUAACUGCCAUCUGCUGCACCUUGCACGAAGUCAUCACAAAAAACAUGGAAAAUGCCAAGGCCUUACGAGAUGCAGGAGGAAUUGAGAAACUUGUUGGCAUUUCCAAAAGUAAAGGAGACAAGCACUCACCAAAAGUAGUGAAGGCAGCAUCUCAGGUCUUAAACAGCAUGUGGCAAUACAGAGAUCUGAGAAGUCUAUAUAAAAAGCGGGUGGCCCCAGACUUCAGAGUGGCUGAGGACAGAGGAUUUUCACCUACCCAUCAUUCUGAGUCAUGGCACGCUCAGCAUUCCCUCUCCCAGAACCAAGAAACCAGAAUCUAUUCCCAGACCCAGGAUGGAUGGUCACAGUAUCAUUUUGUAGCUUCAUCAUCAACGAUAGAAAGGGAUAGGCAAAGACCGUAUUCUUCUUCACGCACACCUUCCAUCUCUCCGGUGCGCAUGUCCCCCAACAAUCGUUCAGAUGGACUUAUCCAGCAUUCUGACCCAUUGCCUAGAGGAAAAACUAAGACCUUACAGAAGGCCAAUAUACCAACAGGGCCUGAAGCAGUGCUUUAUAUUCAACCAAGCAAUUCAGCAAGUGCCCCAGCCUCCCCUCGGGAAAUGAUCAGUUUAAAAGAAAGAAAAACAGAUUACGAGUCAACUGGAACAAAUGCUACUUACCAUGGGAAUAAAGGAGAGCAUACUUCUCGAAAGGACACCAUGACAGGUCAGAACUCUGGAAUCUCUACUUUGUAUAGAAAUUCUUACGGUGCACCUGCUGAAGAUAUCAAACACAACCAGGUUUCAACACAGCCGGUCCCGCAGGAGCCCACAAGAAAGGAAUACGAACCAUAUCAGCCAUUUCAAAAUUCAUCAAGAAACUAUGAUGAGUCCUUCUUCGAAGACCAAGUGCAUCAUCGCCCACCUGCCAGCGAGUACAACAUGCACCUGGGACUCAAGUCCACUGGCAACUACGUUGAUUUCUAUUCUGCUGCUCGGCCCUAUAGUGAACUUAAUUAUGAAACAAGCCACUAUCCAGCCUCUCCAGAUUCCUGGGUUUGAGAUUUUGGGCAAGGAAAAAAAAGAAGAGAUCCAGGAACUGUGCAUGUGCAUGCAUAUCACAAGACAUUCUUUUCCUGCAAAUUUAGUUUGUUAAAGCCUGUUCCGUAGGAAGGCCCUAAUACUCAGUCUGGAACAAUUAAGGUAUCUUUAGAUGGCUAAAAGAAUGGGAAACUAAGUGCGGGCGUGUUAUUAGAAAGAGUGGGAUGUGUAUCUAUUUCUGUAUCUAUAGAAUCCUAUCUCUUAAAUAUAGAUAUAGAAAUAUACUGGGGGGAGGGCAGCUUCGCAGUUGACCUUGUAAUGUAGAGUUUAAAACCAAUAGUACUGUACACUGAAUGUGGCUGAAGGAAGUUAGGGAAGUUACAACCACUGAAGUGAGUCCAGAGUUAAGCACAAGAAAAUGAACAGUUUACAAACCUUAUGGGGGACAGCUUCCCACCCUUUGUUUCCUCUCCAUCCAUUGUGAAUUUAGGCUUCAAGUUGCAUUUGGGAUUUCCUCUGUACAGCAAGAUGUUUCUUGCCUUUUGUUAAUGCAUUGUUGUAAAGUAUUUGAUGUACAUUACAGAUUUAAAAAACCAGAGAGAACGAGGGAGCAAAGUGCAUUGUGUAUAUUACAUCAAUGCCACCGUGUUUCUUCAUCUAUGGUUCUAAAUAUUGCUUCAAUUACACAACUUUGAAAUAUGUAUGAAUUUCCAGGGGUAUGGGAGGGGUUUUUUUUUUCCUUUUCCUUUUCCUUUUUUUCUUUUACCCAGUAUGUUUUAACAGGAGAAAACAAAAACUGAUAUUUAGCAGUAUUGUUCGUUCUGAUAUGUGAAAUGUUUGUGGCAACUAAAAAAAAAAAAGGCAUUCAGCAGUUUCUGAUAAUUAACAUUCAUCAUUCCACACUCCUUGUCAACAAAGUGCUUUUUCACUGCCUAAAAUUUUAGAUGUAGAUAUUUGAAAUAGAUUUUUUUUCAUUUAUACCAGUUUUCUUUAUGAUGAUACAGUGUUAAAAGAAAAUAAAUUACAAUUGAUCUGUCA